AUGCGAUUCUACUGCGUGCUGAUCCUUUCCUGCUCCCUGGCGGUGGCCCAUAGCGCCUCGACCCCAGCAGAUCCAACAACGAGCACUUCGACGACGUCCGAUCCGACAACGAGCACUUCGACGACGUCCACCUCCCCCACCACGUCCGAUCCGACCACAUCGACCUCAUCCAGUUCCUCGACCACGGCCACCGCCACCAACACUACCACCACCACCAAUACCACCACCACGGAGGCUUCGUCUUCCGACAAGAAGAAAAUAAAAAAAUAA